GGAAUGCGGCCGCCGCCGCUGCGUUGCCAUGGUGACGGCGACGCCGGACGGUUGUUGUCGUUUUUCUUUCGUUUCCUUUGCGGUGAAAGAUUCACGUUUCUGUCUGUUUCUGUUUCCAGCGUCGAACCGGAACUUUGACGACUCUUCGGAGGACGAACGCUUCCGGCCCGGACACGAGCAGCAGCAACAACAACAACAACAACAACAACGAGACUUUGACGUUCACGUGACUCUCCUUUUAAGUUUGACUGACAGCUGAAGAUGGACGCCGCCGCUGCCGCAAAACGACGGCGAGCCGGGUCGUUGCUGCCGGAAGUGACGAGCAAGCGGGGACGAAGUAGCCAGAACAGCAGGGCGAAGCCGGACAACGAGUCGCUCCACACCAGCUCGGAGUGGGACGAAUCGGCUCAAGUCGCCUCCAAGAGGGAAAUUGCUCUGUUCAGGAACAGUCUUAAACAGAACGUGUGUGUGCGGAUGCUCCAGGAAGGAAACCACAGGUCAUUCUCGGAGCUCUUCUACCUGCUGCAGGCCGAGCGGGAUCGCCGGGCGGCAGCCGAGCCCAGUUCGGCCCUGAGCUCGGAGCUCCGGCCUCUGCUGGAGGAGCAGCGGGAGAAGCUGGAGACCGUGAGGCUGCACAUGUGUGAGGCCGAGCAGGCGGAACGCACGGGUUCCUGGCCCGCGAUGUGUGAGCACCGUCUGUUCCUGGGUCAGUUCUUCUCAGCGCCGGAGGAUCAGUUGCUGAGUCUGCACUUCUUCCACAGCUGCGCAGACAGGGAGCAAGGGCGGAGCUCCCGGCCCGCCACCGAGGCCCGGGCCUGCAUGGCCGAGCUCUACCUGCAGCAAGGAGAGCUGGAGGAGGCGCGGCAGCAGGCGGAGCUCUGCAUCAGACAGGCGGAGGACGGCGGAUGGCUGGACCUGUCCGGCAGGCCCCUGAGGCUCCGCGCCCGCCAGACACUGUGGAGGAUCUAUGACCAACUCGCCGUCGCCCCGAUGGACGCCGCCAACUACAGCGAGGCCCUGGAGCUGCUCCACAAGGGCUACAGCAUGGCCACCGAGUCGGACGACAAACAGAUCGAAGGGGAGGCGGCCCACCGACUGGGACUGGCCUAUCAGCGCACAGGAGACCACAACACCGCCAAGAAGUUCUUCAACACCUACAUGCAGAUUUGCGUCACGAUGAAUGACGCAGGCGGAAUUGGAAAGGCCUACAAGGCUAUGGCCAAGUCUAUGGAGAGUGAGGGGAACAUGGAGGAAACCAUCCGUUGUCUGGAGGAGUUGGUCCACAUCACUCGAAUCAACGGGCUGCUACACAACCUGGCGGACGCCUGCCUGUUACUGGGCAACAUCUACUGCACCACGGUACGAGCAAAACAUAUAAACAUAUAUAGUCACUACAUCAGGGCCCUUGAGUUCUUCAUCCAGGGUUAUGAAGUAUCCUGUGAAACAGGAGACGUGUCUCUGCAGCAGAAAGCUCAGGUGUUGGUGGCUCGCGCUCGUGCUCAGUCCCUGCUCGGGACGUACGGCGCCGACGUGGUGUCUGCCUCGCCCGGCGCCCUGCGGCGGCUGCUCGUCUGGAAGAACACCAGAGAAACGUUAGGAGCUCAGUCCAGACUCCACAGGGCCGAAUCCUGAUCAGAGGCCGACGGAACGAGAAGAUCGAUACCUUCUCGUUUAGGGAACCAGUUGAAUCCUUUGUUCUCAAUUUUACAGCACCUGAACUUAAAAACAAUAUGAAUGACAACGUUAUUUCUGUCAUAUACUGUCAAUUUAGUUCAUAUAAUCUCCCCCUGUUCAAUUUGUUUUGUGCUUGUAUCAAUGAUAAAAUACAAGUAUUUUCAUUUCAUA